UUUAAAAACCUUAAUUCCUCUUGUUGUGCGACAGUAGUGCGGUAACACUGAAGCACCGAGCUUUAACAGCUGUGGCAAGCGCUUAAACUCGCAAUCCUUUAGCGUGGCCUAGAUGCAAAGCAAAGUGAUCGCAAUCCUUACACACGUCCUUAAGGCGAUACGCAGUUCGCAGGAUAAUUGAUAAUCAAAUUCAGUGAAAUAAUCGAAUAAAUCGAACAGCAAAAUAAACAGCGGUAAAUUGCAAAUUUUCGCCAGAGGUCGGAGUAUCAAUUGACCUGCUGCUAUAUUUGUCGCGCAAAAAUCGUUAAUUACAUGGAAAAUUCACUAAACAAACGAAAUCGAAGUGCCGACUUAAUCUAAGCUUUAAGCAUUGCAAUUGCUUUAACAUAUGCGCAUGCUACAUACGUACAUACAUGUGCAAAAGUGAAUAAUAUAUUUCGUAUUUUGAAUCGAUUCCUGGAAUUUAGCCGGCGAUCGUGAAACCGUAGUUCUUAUCAGCUUUGAAUAUAAAUACAUAAAUUGGAAUACAAUAAUAUGCGCUUCAAAACGAAAAUAGCAUUUCUCAGCAUUUCGGUGAUGUUGAGCUGUUGCUUGUGGACGCACAGUGAAGCAAAAAUGCUAACAAGAUGCCAACUGGCCAAGGAGUUGCUGGCCCAUGACUUUCCAAGAAGUUAUCUUUCAAAUUGGGUGUGUCUUGUUGAAAAUGAAAGCGGCCGAAGUACUUCAAAAGUUAUGCAAUUAGCUAAUCACAGUGUGAGCUAUGGACUUUUUCAGAUAAACAGUAAAAACUGGUGCCGAAAAGGUCGAAAAGGUGGAAUUUGUAAUAUAAAAUGCGAAGAUUUUUUAAACGACGAAAUUUCUGAUGAUUCCCGCUGUGCCAUGCAGAUCUUCAAUCGACACGGUUUUCAGGCUUGGCCUGGCUGGGUGAAGAAAUGUCGUGGGCAUACGCUACCUGAUGUCUCCAGAUGCUGAGUGUAACCGCUGCAUCCUAUUCUAUGCGAGUGGCUGAUGUAUAAAAAAAAUGCCACAGUAGUGGUUGCUGCUCAUUUUACAAAUGUACACAUGCACAUAUGUAUGUGUGUGUCGCCAGAAUUUAUACAUACAUACAUACACACUAUGAGAAAUAUUGACUUUUUAUACAAACAAACGAUUAACAUUUAAGCAUCAUAACGCAUACAAAUCUACUACAAACAUACAAAUAUACAUACAUACAUUGAUUGUUUUCGAACAUGCGAGGCAGGAAGCAUUCACAAAUUUACACAUAAUUGUUGUGAAAACAAAAAUAAAAAAAUCAUUAAAUUAUUUUUAAGUUUUAUAAGUUCGAUUAUUAUGUAAGUAGCGAAAAUCGACAAUAAUAAA